AAGGCAAGGCAGGUCUCCAGUUGAUCAGUCUGCUCAGGAAACCUGUGGUGGAGAAAGUACUGAAGAGGGGGACCGAUUUGAAACCGAUGCGCCUGCUGAGGUCACCACCUCCACACAAUUCUUUAUUUCUCACUAUAUGUAAUAUUUUUUAUCUUUUGUUCGCGGAGCGCAAAGCCUGACAUUACUGCGUUUUUUGAGCAGAUAGCGGAACUCUUGGCUCAGGACUGUUGGCUCAAACUGUAAAGAUCGGAUUAUCUGCCUGAGACGGUGCGUCCGUUUAGACCGGCGCGUUUUAACUGGGACGAUGCUUCUGAGUUUCUGCCUCUUGGUGACUUUCAUCCUGGAGGUGUCCCGGUGCAGGGCAUCAUACGUCCCCUGCGAGCCCUGUGAUGAGAAGGCGCUGUCCAUGUGUCCCCCGGUUCCCGUGGGGUGCCAGUUGGUGAAGGAGCCGGGCUGCGGCUGCUGCCUGACGUGCGCCCUGGUCGAGGGGCAGGCGUGCGGCGUUUACACCGGGACCUGCACCAAGGGGCUCCGCUGCCUGCCGAGGAGCGGAGAGGAGAAGCCCUUGCACGCGCUCCUCCACGGCAGAGGAGUGUGCACCAACGAGAAGGGAUACAAACCUGCCCUCCCGUCCUCAGAUCGUGAAUCACGAGAGCACGAGGAGACCAUAACUCCAGAAAACAUAGGAGAGCUGCAGCCAGUCAAGGUGCCACUUAACCCCAUUGACAGGGUGAACAGUAAAAAAGUCAUUGCAGCGCGCAAGGACAAGAGGAGGACACUCGGCAAGCAGCGCUCCCUAGGCCCCACGGUGGAUUACUCCUUUAUGGCCCUUGAAAAGCAUGAGCCCGAGUUUGGUCCCUGCAGGAGAAAACUAGACGGGAUCAUUCAUGACAUGAAGGACACCUCUCGUGUGAUGGCUCUGUCUCUGUACCUCCCCAACUGCGACAGAAAAGGGUUCUUCAAGCGCAAGCAGUGCAAACCUUCCCGCGGCCGCAAACGAGGCAUCUGUUGGUGUGUGGAUAAAUACGGCCUUCAGAUCCCAGGAACGGUCUAUAGCGGAGGGGACAUUCAGUGCAAAGACCUGGAGAGCAGCAACAACGAGUGAGGAAGACCCCCCAAGCACCACCACCCCCCAUCCUGUAACCACCACAUGACCCAGAGCCCAUGCCUCUUCUCUGAAUCACACCUGUAUGCUCCACCCCCUCUUCACUUUGAGACUUUUUUUGUUAAAAGAUGGAAAAACAAUUCCAGACUUACAGAGCAGGAAAAAUGAAAACUUUUUUUUGUUCCCUUUCUGAACGAGUGGGGAAAAUCCAGACCCUUUAUAGCGGAAACACAUGCGUGGAAUGGAUAUAAAACGUGUCGGGUAAAUGAACAAUUGGCAGCAAUAUUUUAAAAAUUAAGAAAAGUGCAUUUGGGUUUGUGGUUUCGUCAGAGCACUUAUAAAAAAGGUGAACCCGCUUAGAAAUGUAAAUGUGUGUUUGAGCGUGUGAGCAUGUGUACAGCGUGAGCAUGUGGUGUGUGACUUCUUUUCUCUUCUGUAUAUUCUUGAAACAAGUUUUGCAAAAGCGCUUGACGUGGUCUUGGGGCUGGCCUUUUUCUUUCGUAGAAAAGAACGAUUUUUUGGGACACGGAGCAUUCAUGACGAAUAAAUCCAUCUUUGCAGAUGAACUCGUGCAAUGCGGCUCUCCGACUUCAUAGCUAGCCUGAAAAGCCAACUGUGCCUAUCUGAGCAGACACUGCCAUGCAGAGAGACCGAGCAGAGAGAGCUCCCUCUACUGGUGAAAAAAAAGACUUUCAGCUUCAGCCAUGGGACUAGAGUUUGAAUUCAGCAUUUUUUUUUAAACUUAAUUUUUUCCCCUCGAUCAAACUUGCCAGUCAGGCUGGUUUCUUCUCUAACUGGUUUGUGUGAAGUGUUCUUUUGCAUGGUUUUGUUUGUGCCGUUUUCUUUGCCUUCAGUGAAGUAAAGACUACCCACAUUUGAGCCACGUUUCCCCUCAAAACUUAUGGUUUAAAUAUGACUGUUUUCCUUUUUUCCUGUAGAAACAAAAACAUGUCAAUUAUGUAAAUGCCUGUAAAUGUAAGUCCUAGUAAUCGAGUUGUCUACUGGGUAACACAGAGACGGAGUUACUGCUUUUGUCUCAGUGGAGCACAUUUAAAAAACAAAAAUCUCACCAUAAACACAGGGUCUGUGGAAAUCAGUGCCUUUCUUUGUAAAAGUGAAUUUAACGAUGAAUGUGACAUCCUUUGAAGAGGGAAUUCUGAAGCUAAUGGCUAAUCCAAGACUAAAGAUGAGACAGUCUGAAAACAUUUAUUUUAUAAACCAUACUUUAUGAACAUUUCUGCCAUUGUGAACUUAGCAUUACGUAGUUAUUCUUGCGGAAAUUAUGAUUUUCCCUCCAGAAGCUGCUUAUAUAAAUCAUGCGGCAUUAGCGUGUUAGCAUUAUAUUAAAAACCUGUUUCUCUAAACUGAGGCCAUCUAAAGACAAACAUGAACGAGAUCUGAAUCAUCUUUUUAAAUUCCCGUGAAAUUACAGAUCCUAUUCUGAUGUCUACAUGUACAAAACGUCAGAUAAAUUUAAGACAAUGACUCAGUUUCUUUUACAAUAAACAAAGAUUCUUGUUUUUCUUUUUUAUCUGUGGGAUGCUUUAAAGCCAUUUUUCUGCAAAUACAAGUGAAAAAAUGCACAUCUGACGGUAAAGCUACCAAAUGUCCACUUUAAAAAAAUCAGCUUGCACUUAUUUCAUUUACUUACUGUUGAGAAAGACACCCUAAGAGGUUGUUUUGUGAAGUUUCAACAAGAACUAGACGUGUUCUCAUGCUCUCCUUUAAGGGAUUGGGUGAUUUUAAAUGACAGGGGCUGUUAAAAGCUCAAGCCUGGGACCUUUAAUAUUGAAAAAAAAAAUUGGGGGGGGGGGGACACAUGAAAGUAUCUCAAGAAGAAACGUUCUCACUGCCUGUUGCACAACAGCUGACGCGUGCGGGGGGGGGGGGGGGGGGGGGCUUUAUCAGGGCUUAGCCACUCACCCGAUGUGGGGUCACCAAUUGCAUGCAUCCUUACAUACAGUUAGUGAAGCAGAUUCAGGGUCAGGAGAAAUCCGUGGAAUUUAAACUGCAACUAGGAGCUCAACCUUUGAGGAUGAAACAUCUGGAAGUUUUAUUUUUAUUUGGUUGGUGCUCUUUGUGCACGUUUCCUCAUAUUUCCUGUCUCCUACUUGGUUUAAACUCAUGUUCCAUGAUUCAGUAGGAUAGUAAUGACAGUUCAGCUUUUAGUCUGAGUACUUAACACUUUUGGUUGUAGACCAGCGGCACAAUUGGGUUUCAUAAUUUGGUGUUCACAGACCCAUCGGCGGCAGGAGGACAGCAGGAAGCAAUGGUCAGUAUUUGGAGCUACAUAAGAAAUAAAAAAGACAAAAAAUCUCAAAUUAUGAAAGUAUCACUGUGUAAUAUUUAUUCAACUUGUAAUUUAUGUACUCUUUUUAACCUUUGUCUUUUUUGUUAUGACAAAGCAUUUAUUUAAAUAAAGUUAUGUAUUCAUUUAA